GAUGCGGAUUGCCUCGUCCUCAAGCUCGCCGACUUUGGUAUCGCUACCUCAUUCAGGCCGGCGCACACGGCGGGCGGCAUCGGCGGCGCGCCAUCGCACGAGGCGCACAGCGACACGGGAAUGGGCAGCCUUCCCUACAUGGCCCCCGAGCUGCUCGCCGGGGCGCCCCCGGCGACCUCCGGCGACAUGUGGGCCUGCGGGGUCGUCAUCUACGUGAUGCUAUCUGGCGAUCUGCCGUUCGGCGACGACCCAGAGGUGUUGUGCAGCAUCUGCGAGCCUCCCGAUUUCUCAGGCGCGGCGUGGGAUGAGGUCUCCAGCGAGGCAGUGGGCCUCAUCAAGAAGCUGGUGAACAUCGACACGCCCGCGAGGUGGACGGCCAAGCAGGCGCUGCAGCACGAGUGGAUUCCUGGCUCGAGCUCGGGGAGCCCUCAG